AUGUGGACGUAUAAAAGAAAAACUGAGCGUAGAAAAAUAUCUAAAGAGGUUUACGAAAAAGCAGCAGCUAUUUUGGAAGAGGACAAAACUAAAAAAAUUCGUGGUAUCGCAAAAGAUCUUGGUUUAUGUCAUAUGUCGCUAACAAGAUAUUUGAAGAAACGAAAAGAAGCAAAAGAGAAGGGCACACCUAUAGAAUCUCUCACAGUUGGCUACCAGAAGAAUAGACAAGUUUUCAACGAUGAACAAGAGCGCAUUUUGGAAGAUGAUUUCUUGUCUGCUUUUGUUACUGACAGACCAAUAGACGAAACUGCUAACUCAAAUCUUGAAAACACGCCUGUUAUAACAGAGAUUACUCCAAUUAAUUUCCCUGGGACUCUAUCUCCAACUCCUCCACAUUCCUCCAAAGAUAAUACUAUACCUCCUAUACCUGGAUUUAUUGAAGAGGCCACUGAAGUAGUAGAUGCUGCAGAAGAAUGCGAAAGCUCCCUUUAUGGUUCAGUUGCUGGUUGUAGCAGAGAUCUGUUUCACAACGAAUGUACGACUUUUUCUCCCGAUACCAUUCGGCCUUAUCCAAAAGCUGCUGCAAGAACAAAUAAAGUAACACGAAAAACUCGCAAAUCAGCUAUUUUAACGGAUACGCCGGAAAAAAAUGUAUUGGCACAAGAACAGAGCAAGAAAAAGGAAAUUACAUCAAAAAAUAGAAAGGUAACUAAGAAAGGGAAGUCAACUGAGCCAGGAAAGAUGAAGAGAGAAAAAACGCCUAAGGAAACAAGGAAGAUUGCUGUGAAAAGGAAGGUCUUACAUGACUCUGAGUCUGACGAAGGAAGUGUAGAUGAUUAUUUUUGCCUGAUAUGUUGUGAACCGUUUGAUCAAAGUCGAGCUGGUGAGGAAUGGGUACAGUGUGUUGUUUGUAAGAAAUGGUCACACGUAAGAUGUGCUAAGGGUAAUGUUAUAUCCUACAUAUGUUUGAAUUGUGAAAGUGAUUGUUCAGACUAA